AUGAAAGGAAGAAUAACGGCAGAGGAGGAGGAGGAGGAGCAGCCGCUAAGCCCGAUGGCGCGUGUAUUCCAAUCGCCGGGAGUAGACUACUGCGCCGUCACAAUCAUGGGCUUCAAAACCAAGAUUAAUCCCGACGUCCUUCUUGAUGCAUUGAAGCAUAAUGUCUCCAAGCAUCCUCGUUUCUCUACCAAUCUGUCUGAGAAUGGUGCAAAAUGGAUAGAGACACAAGUCAACGUAGAAGACCAUGUAGUUGUACCAUACAUAGACCAAGAAGAGGUAGGUGAAGAUGGACAAGGCUUCGUCGAUGAAUAUAUCUCACGUCUCACCAUGAUUCCUCUUGAUAGAUCAAGACCAUUGUGGGACAUGCACAUACUUAACGUCAGAACAGCAGAUGCAGAAGCUGUCGGUGUAAUAAGAUCUCACCAUUCAUUGGGAGAUGGAAUGUCUUUGAUUUCUCUCAUGCUCGCAUGCACACAUAAAACAUCAGACCCCGACAAUACUGCUAUUCCUUCGUUGAAAAGGCGUACGGUGUCGCAUGGGCUUAGAAACAAAGGCUGGUUCUUAAGGUCGAUACUCACCGUUGGUUCUACGACGAGGCUGAUUUGGAAUACAGUCGUAGAUAUGUUGCUUCUUAUGGCGACUCUGACGUUUUUGAAGGAUACAAAGACGCCUCUAAAAGGCGGUGCAGAGGUUGGGAGUAAUCCAAAGAGAUUUUAUCACAGAAUUAUCAAUUUGGAUGAUGUUAAGUUUAUAAAGAACGCUAUGAAUAUGACUAUCAACGAUGUUCUCCUUGGAAUUACACAAGCUUCUCUUUCUAGCUAUUUGAACCAACAAUAUGGCAAGAAGAAUGAGGAGGAGGGUGGAGCAUUGACAUCGUAUCCGAACCAUCUUCCAAGCAAACUACGAUUCCGUGUAGGUUGUACAGUAAAUCUAAGGUCGGACAUCGGAUUCAAGCCUUUGGAAGAUAUGAUGGUCAAGGAUUCAAAAUGCAGAUGGGGAAACUACUUUAGCUUUAUCAUUUUGCCCUUCUCCAUCGGUUUACAAACCGAUCCAUUAGUCUAUCUAAAAAAAUCUAAAUCCACGAUGGCUCGAAAGAAGCACUCUUAUCACGCUGCUCUAGUCUAUUUCAUUAUCAAAAUCGUCCUCAAAGUGUUUGGAGCUAAGGCAGCAGCAACAUUAUUCAACCGACCAGUGAUGAACAUAACGACAUGCGUUUCAAACGUGAUAGGUCCCAUGGAAGAAAUUAGUUUCCGUGGUCAUCCUAUCGCUUACAUCGCUCCAAGCUCUUAUGGACACUCACAAGCAUUGUUGGUACACUACCUAAGUUAUGCGGGGAAAAUGAUAAUCUCCUUAGCAGUUGAUCCUUCUAUCAUACCGGAACCCGAAAAGAUCUGUGAUGAAAUGGAGGAAUCAUUGAAAGCGAUGAAAGCUGCUCUUUGGGAAAGAGGUUUACACUAAUUAAUAAGGCUCGUGAGCCAUUAGUAUCCAUUUUAUAUAAACCGUAGACGUGCGGUGAGGGAAUAUAUAUUUGUUUGGUUGAAAAUGUUUAUGUUUUAGAAGCUUUAAACUAAUGCACUUGUUGUAUCUAUAAUUAUUGGAAUGAGAAAAAUGUCAAAGGCCGCCCGGUCAUAGUUGUUGAACAAGAAAAAUGCUUACGAAA